AUGGAUGUACUUAAGAGCAAACGACAGGCUUUGAAGGGUUCGAUCACACGUAUAUAUAACACAUGUUCUAAUCAGGACAUUUCUAUUGAUGCUAUUAGAGUUAGAGUUGCAAAAUUGGAUGAGAUUUAUAUCCAAUAUGAGUCUGUUCAGGAUAAGAUUGACGCAUUGACCAUUGAUGAGGAUGAACUUAGGGUAGAGGAUAUUUAUCGUGGUGAUAUUGAGGAGAAAUAUUUUGCUAUAAAGGAGUUAUUCACGUCUCGCUCACGGGAUGAGGAUAAUAAUAGGACUGUGGUUGAUAAUAAUUCUGAGGGUAACAUGGGUCAGGUGUUGGAGGCAAUUUCUCAGACACAGAAUAGUUUCACUUCAUUGAUUGAUCGACUAGCGAACGACCGUAAUCUGCAUUCAUCUCCCAUCUUACAACAGAGUGGUCAUGCACAGGAACCAAGACUACCUACUAUAAACAUACCGGAUUUUGAUGGGUCAUAUUCUGAAUGGAUACGAUUUAGGGAUUUAUUUGAGGCAUUGAUUCACAAUCGGACUUCAUUAUCGAAUGUCGAGAAGCUGGAAUAUUUGCAGACGAAAUUAAGUGGCGAGGCACUUAUUCUGAUAAAACAUCUUAGGCCGACUAACGAUAAUUAUCCAAUUGCUUGGGAUUUACUAAAGCGCAAAUUCGACGAAUCGGAUCAAGUGAGAUUAUCGUAUUUUAGAUUAUUAUUUGACCAACCUUCUGUUAAAUCGGUUAAUCUUGGGGAAGUCAAGCGAUUCUAUAAUAACGUGAAUGAGAGUAUAAACGCGCUUAGAGUAUUGGAGGAGCCUGUAUCUCAUUGGGACUCAAUUCUACUAUUUCAUUUGGAGCGAAAAUUGGAUUCCGAAACAAAUCAACUUUGGUGUCGCCAAAAGUCCGGAGAACGCAGAAUUUCUUUCAGUAAAUUUUUGAAGUUUUUGGAGGAUAGAAUAUUUGAAUUGGAAUGUAUUGACGCACAAGCGGUUAGGACGACAAAUCGGAAUCGUGGUCAGUCUGGUGCUUAUGUAGCAUCUGUUCAGGAUUGUUUUUGUUGUGGUCGGCAACACCCUAUAUAUCAGUGUGAAAAGUUUAAGGAAUUUGAAGUUCCUCAGCGUAUACAACUCGUUUAUGAUAAUAAACUAUGCCUGAAUUGCCUUCAACCAUCACAUUUUGUGAAUGAUUGUAAAGGAUCCUCAUGCAAGAUUUGUAAAUUGCGUCAUAACACGCUUCUGCACCGCGUGAAGAAUGUUGAAACUGAACGACCACAGGACAACGACGGGAUUCGGCAACAAAUAUUGACAAGUCAAUAUUCCUCCUCAUCGGGGCAUUACCCUAAUCGGAAGGCAAAUUUUGUGACAUUAUUGCCAACGGCGAUUGUCAUGAUUCGUGAUGGAUAUGGUGAAUUGAGGCCAUGUCGCGCUUUACUGGAUUCUGGGGCACAGGCAACAUUAAUAUCAGAAGCAUGCGUUCAAGGUUUAAGACUACGGAGAACUUAUGACAGGACAAUGUUAUUUGGUGUUGGUCCCGAUAAUCGAAACUAUACAAAGGGCAAGGUGGAAAUAGAGAUAAUUUCUGCAAAUCACUCGGUCAAGUUGGGAACUCAGGCAUAUAUAUUAUCGAGGUUAACCCAGGAUAUUCCAAGUUAUGAUGUGGACAGGGAAAUGGUGGAAUAUUUUCAAAAUUUGGAACUGGCAGAUAAGACGUUUUAUAAAUCAUCAAAGAUCGACAUAAUUAUGGGCGCUGAUAUUUUUAGUCAAUGCAUCCUGACAGGAAGGAUCACACACCCCACUGGUUCACCUAUUGCAAUGAACACGAUAUUUGGUUGGGUAAUGAUGGGAAGUCUGGAGCAUAAACCAUCGCAUGAUCUUUUUGCAGGGCAUGUUUCACUAAACAUGGAUGAACUAUUACGAAAAUUUUGGGAAGUUGAGGAGGUACCGAAGUCAGUGAAGAUUUUUUCUGAUGAGGAAGCAGAAGCAGAAUUGCAUUAUCAGCAAAAUGUUUCUAGAUUGGAAAAUGGCCGAUACAUGGUACGACUACCAUUAAAGGAGAACAUCAAGAUAGGAGAAUCAAAAUCUUCUGCUACUAAGAGGUUGGUGUCCAUGGAGAGGAGAUUUAUGCAACGUCCGGAACUGGGAAAUGAAUACAAGAGAUUUAUGGAUGAGUUUAUUGGAUUAGGACAUAUGGAGGAACACAUUACUGAGGCCUGUGAAUAUUUCUUACCUCACCACGCUGUUUUGAAACCGGAAAGUUCAACAACUAAAUUACGUGUCGUGUUUGAUGGUUCUUGCAAAACAAAUACGGGUUACUCCCUCAAUGAUAAGCUACUAACCGGACCUACCAUACAGAAUGAUAUUUUCACGAUUAUUUUGAAUUUUCGCAAGUACAGAAUUGGAAUCUGUUCGGAUAUAGAGAAGAUGUAUCGGCAGGUGUUAAUACAUCCGGACGAUAGGAAAUAUCAAUGCGUAUUAUGGAGGGACUGUUCCGAAAGGACAAUUAACGAAUAUCAUUUGAACACCGUCACAUAUGGCACAUCAGCAGCUCCAUUUCUCGCCAUUCGGACCCUCCAUCAGAUUGCAAUUGACAAUGCACAUUUACCGGAAAUUGCGGAUGCUAUAGAUGAGAAUUUUUAUGUGGAUGAUUUUAUGACAAGUUCCGAUAAUUUGUCUUCAGCUAUAACAUUGAAGGAAAACUUGACAACAGUUUUAUCUCAAGCUGGUUUUAAAUUGAGAAAGUGGUCGUCUAAUUCUAGAGAUGAUGACGACGACGCUGAUGAUGAUGGCAAAGACCUUGUCAUAAAUCCAACCAUAGUUAAUACCUACUAA